AUGGUAUAUAUACCUGGUUGCAAUCUUCAUACUCACUUCGAGUACACCUUCCAUUUCCACUCUCGCUACCUACCAGUCUUUCGCUUCGGAAUGGUCUCCACCCAGUCUCUCUUCUUCUAUACUACCCUCUGGGCCUCAACUGUGUCUGCCCAGAACGUUGUGGUCGCCCAGAUUGUGCGAAACAUUGUCAACGGUUUCGUCGGUGCAAAGACAGACUCUUCCAUAUCAAACAGUCAGGCCUCUGCUGAGAUUCAAGCUAUCGUCGACAUUGUGACCCAGAAUCCCAAUGUUGACAAGCUGCUCCAACAGGCUCUUCCUGCUGCCCUGAUGGGUCUCAACUCUGACAACUUUCCGUCUCUGCUGAGUGAAGCUGGAAAGACUCUAGACGCGUUUGAGACCUCUCCGGAUUACCAGUCUUUGGUAGACGGCUUUUCCAAAGCCAUGCCUCAUUAUGACCCUUCUCAGGCUCUGGAAAACAUUCAAGUCAACCUCGACAAUGCUCUGGGAAUGCUUACUCCUGUUCUGCCUUCUCUUACUCCGCAGUAUUCAAGGGAGUGGGCAUCAGCUACUUCACGAGUCUCCAGUCUUGGGGUAGUGUUUGGUUUUAUUGAGGGUAGUGCAUCUGAGGCAUCUACAUCAGCUGCUACUUCUGUUACAACUACAGCUGAUGCAUCUACUUCAGCUGCUACUUCUGUUACAACUACAGCUGAUGCAUCUACUUCAGCUGCUACUUCUGUUACAACUACAGCUGAUGCAUCUACUUCAGCUGCUACUUCUGUUACAACUACAGCUGAUGUUUCUACUUCUGCUAGAUCUGCUACAACUACAUCUGAGGCAUCUAUUUCAGCUGAUAAUUCUGUUGGGACCACUUCUGAGGCAUCUACUUCCACUGAUACUUCUAUUGCAAACACAUCUGAGACUUCCACUUCCACUGAUACUUCUAUCACAGAGAUUUCUUCCCCAGUUAGCUCCAUAACAGAUUCUUCAGCCUCUUCCCCAGUUAGCUCCAUAACAGAUUCUUCAACCUCUUCCACAGUUAGCACCAUCAGAACAGAUGCGCCAACCUCUUUGACCCAGUCAUAUGACUCUGCUACACCCACCGAGUCGUCCACCCUUUUCUCUUCUGCUACGUUCUCCACCAGCUCCGCCCUGUCCACCAUUUCGACCACCUCAUCUACUUCAAGGGUUAGCACUUCUGCUCCUCCGUUCUCCAACACAACCACCUCCUUUAGUGGCAUCCACAACACCACUACCCACACUCAAACCCGCUCUGGCACAGCUACAAACCAUACCCUGACAGCUACUCCCACUUCUACAAAUCCAUCCAUCCCAAUCAAUGCGGGCACCCACGUGAAGGCAGGUUUCGGCGUUAUAGCCCUUGCUGUUGGUGCACUUCUUCUCUAG